UGCCCUGGCUGCGGCCCGCCGGGUCCCGGAGCCCACUGCCCCAGCACCCCGCGCUCGGCGCCCGCGGACAGCGCGGACCUCAGCGCGCACUUGUGGGCGCGUUACCAGGACAUGCGGAGGCUGGUGCACGACCUUCUGCCCCCUGAGGUCUGCAGCCUCCUAAACCCAGCGGCCAUCUAUGCCAACAACGAGAUCAGCUUGAGUGACGUGGAAGUCUAUGGCUUUGACUACGACUACACACUGGCCCAGUACGCGGACGCGCUGCACCCCGAGAUCUUCACUGCUGCCCGGGACAUCCUGAUAGAGCACUACAAGUACCCUGAGGGCAUCCGGAAGUAUGACUAUGAUCCCAGCUUUGCCAUCCGCGGCCUCCACUACGACAUUCAGAAGAGCCUUCUGAUGAAAAUUGACGCUUUUCAUUAUGUCCAGCUGGGAACAGCCUACAGGGGUCUCCAGCCUGUGCCAGAUGACGAAGUGAUUGACCUGUACGGUGGCACCCAGCACAUCCCACUCUACCAGAUGAGCGGCUUCUAUGGCAAGGGCCCUUCCAUCAAGCAGUUCAUGGACAUCUUCUCACUCCCAGAGAUGGCACUGCUGUCCUGUGUGGUGGACUACUUUCUGGGCCACGGCCUGGAGUUUGACCAAGUACACCUCUACAAGGAUGUGACGGAUGCCAUCCGGGACGUGCAUGUGAAGGGCCUCAUGUACCAGUGGAUUGAGCGAGACAUGGAGAAGUACAUCCUCAGAGGGGAUGAAACGUUUGCAGUCCUGAGCCGCCUGGUAGCCCAUGGGAAACAGCUGUUCCUCAUCACCAACAGCCCUUUCAGCUUUGUGGACAAAGGCAUGCGGCACAUGGUCGGCCCUGACUGGCGCCAGCUCUUUGAUGUGGUCAUCGUCCAGGCAGACAAGCCCAACUUUUUCACCGACCGGCGCAAGCCUUUUCGAAAGCUUGACGAGAAGGGCUCCCUCCACUGGGACCGUAUAACUGGCCUGGAAAAGGGCAAGAUCUACCGGCAGGGAAACCUGUUUGACUUUCUUCGUCUGACAGAGUGGCGGGGACCACGGGUGCUCUACUUCCGUCCCUUCCACCAGGACCUGAUGCUGCGGCAUGGCUGGCGCACCGGGGCCAUCAUCCCUGAGCUGGAGCGGGAGAUCCGCAUCAUCAACACAGAGCAGUACAUGCACUCGUUGACCUGGCAGCAGGCGCUCACCGGGCUGCUAGAACGCAUGCAGACCUAUCAGGAUGCAGAGUCACGGCAGGUGCUGGCUACUUGGAUGAAGGAGCGGCAAGAACUGAGAUGCAUCACCAAGGCCCUGUUCAAUGCUCAGUUCGGGAGUAUCUUCCGCACCUUCCACAACCCUACCUACUUCUCCAGGCGCCUCGUGCGCUUCUCCGACCUCUACAUGGCCUCCCUCAGCUGUUUGCUCAACUACCGCGUGGACUUCACCUUUUACCCACGUCGCACGCCCCUGCAGCACGAGGCGCCCCUCUGGAUGGACCAGCUCUGCACUGGCUGCAUGAAGACACCGUUUCUCGGUGACAUGGCCCACAUCCGCUGAGGGCACUUUUAUUGUCCUGGACAGACCCUCCGUUCUUUCAGCCCCAGCCACCCUGACAAGCAAUAAAAGUGGUCUCUGUCCUUC